CGUGACGCGGGUUUUUGCGAGAUCACCUCUGCAGCAACAAAUCGGCUCCGGUUCUGAAACAAUCUGCUCAUUUCUGCGGUGCUGCUUCACGUACAGGUGACCUUCACUGAGGCCAGAGGUCAGUCUGUGGCCUCCUGCUCACCUGUCCAGGUGUUCGGGGGGUCACCUCAUUACACCUGAGCUCAGGUUGGAGGUGGGCGGAGCUUCGACUGAGACGAUGUGACGCCACUAAUCUGUUUCGGACGUGGGCGGGGUCACCUGCUGAGGGGUUGAACCCACUGUACCUGCCACCAGGUACUGCGACAGGACUGUAGCGCUGACGUCGCUGAUCAAUCAGAUGACUGACGGGAACCGGUGAAGAUUCUCUGGUUCCAACUCGGCACGUUUCACGAUCGUGACAAACAUGAUCCAUCAGAUCCGAUCCAUCGAGGUAAACCUGGAGCGAACCUGGGGCUUCUGGGCCCGGAUCCGGACCAGCUGUUAAAUCGGGCACCAGCAGGUGUCGACUCUCAGGUUGAUGGAAUCGGUCAGCGAGCGAAUCGGCAUCGACGCAGAGCUCGUCACGUUUCAUGUUGUAUUAACGUCAGGGUCAUGGAGGUGUCAUCCCACAGCCUCUUCCUGCUGCAGCAGCUCAACGUUCAGAGAGAGUUCGGUUUCCUGUGCGACUGCACCGUCGCCAUCGGAAACGUCUACUUCAAAGCUCACCGAGCCGUGCUGGCCGCCUUCUCCAACUACUUCAAGAUGAUCUUCAUCCACCAGUCCAGUGAGUGUAUAAAGAUCCAGCCCACAGACAUCCAGCCAGACGUCUUCAGCUACCUGCUGCACAUCAUGUACACCGGCAUGUGUCCCAAACAGCCGGUGGACCAGAGCCGGCUGCAGGACGGCAUCAAGUUUCUUCAUGCCCACCAGCUGUGCCGGAAACCGGACGAGGGCGCCGCCGACGCGGCCACCGAUGUGGUCCGCAUGUCCAACCUGUACGGCAUCCAGAUCUCCUCCCAGCUGGCCAACAAGGACGCACCCGGAGUCCCCAAGUCCACCACGGUGUCCUGCGGGGCCCCUGAGGAUGGACGCUCCUCUGGCCGCGGAGGACGGUCCCACUCACAGCUGUCCCUCACUGUCGGUAUAGAAGGGGUCCCGUCGGAUUGCCAGGCGUCGGCGCUACGCAACGUCUGCUCCGUGGCAUCUGGAGAUGACUCAGACAUCUCGACUCGCAUCAAGCAGGAGCAGGUGGAGGAGGAGGAGGGGGAGGAUGGCGAGGGGGAGGAGGGUCCAGGGGCAGGAUCUCCUUCUCCAGCUCAGGGCAGCAGUCCCAGUCAGAGUCUCCUGUUCAAAGACCGGUCCCUGGUCCUGCUGUGCCCCCGCUGUGGAGAGCGCUGCUCGUCCCCCGAAGGCUUGCGGGAGCACCUGUUCAGCCAUGCCCUCGACCCUGCCCGCCUGAUGGAGGGGCUGUCUCACGGCAGAGAGCUGGAUACCGGUGUGGAGGAGGGGCCGCCGGGGGGCCAGGAGCAGCUGGAUGCAGGAUGUCUGGAGGAGGCCCUAAGGCAGAGCCAGGCGCUGGCCAACCAGCUGGCUGCUGAGCUGAGGAGGAGUCGGGGUGCAGGAGGGGGAGGAGCGGGGAGCAGCCCCAUUCCCGCCGCCCUACACUCCCGUAAACGUAAGAUCGCCUGCGCCGUCUGCAGCCUGCGCUUCUCCCACAAGAGCCAGCUGCAGGAGCACAUGUACACCCACACUGGCAAACCGUCCCGCUACCACCGCUACAACCGCCUCUGCAGCCAGCUCUUCCAGGCCUCCAGCCACUUCUGCGAGGGCGCCGCGGAGCCCGGGGGAGGGGGCGGGGCCGGGGGCGGCGCUUCAGCUGGUGUUGCCACGCUCUCUGAGGAGGCCAACAGGGACACUCAGGACAACGGCAGCUCCUGCUACUCCCUGGACUCUGAGAUCUCCCAGGAGAGCGUGGACGGCGUGCCCGUGGAAUGAUUCCAUCAGGUGAUGUCAUGGAGAGAUGUUUCCCCACAAGGUGGCGUGACUGAGCACACAGGUGGUUCUGUUGUCAGGUUGUGAAAAGACGAACCUGGAGGUGUUCUCUCUGAACUCCGAGGUUUGUGUCGUGGUUCUGUUUCUGUUUCUGCUGCUGUCUGCUGGUUCUCUACCUGUGCAGGUGUGUGUGUGUGUGUGUGUGUAGGUGUGUGAACUUCUUAAAUCAGUCAUGUGAUCAUAGUGUGGUGCUGUGGUCAUUAGCUGCAAGAAUCAGACUGUUGGUUUUAUGAUUUUGAGUCACUUUUUAAGAAAAGACAAAAUUCUCUGGCUCCAGCUUCUCCAGUGCGAAUGUCCGCUGGUUUCUCUGGUGUCGCAAUGACUGAACCUGUCUGGGUUUUUUCAUGAUUUUCUGACAUUUUGCUGACAAGACGACUAGUUGAUUAAUCUAGAAAACGCUGAGCAGGGGAAUCGAUAGUUGAAGCCCUAAACUUGAGGUCACAUUAACGUCACAUCCUCUUUUCAUUUCAUUUAAUUUUUGUGAAAAUUAACCAGCAGAGAUUGUAAACUUGAUCUUCCACACUCACCAGCUGACAGUGUCCAUCUGAAUUAUCUGACUCUCGGUACGACAGAGAAGAAAAGGAUGUAUUAAAAUGUGUGACUGUUCCUUUAAUGUAAAGAUAACAUCAGUGUGACGUAGGCGUCAAACUGUGGUCGAAUCUUUAGACUCUGAGACUCUGUAGAGACUCAGACCUGCUGAAAUCAAAGGAAACAUGAAGGUUUAGUGUUAAAAGAAGCAGCAGGGCCAGUUUUGAUGACUUUUGAUGGUUUGAUUGUUUGACAUUUCGAUUGUUUGAUGGUUUGACUUUUGAUGGUUUGAUUGUUUCACGGUUUGACGGUUUGAGCUUUGUGACGUUUUGAUUGUUUGAUGGUUUGAAUUUUGAGGGUUUGAGGGUUUGAUGGUUUGAUGGUUUGAUAGUUUGACGGUUUGACGGUUUGACGGUUUGAGGGUUUGAGGGGUGGAUGGUUUGAUGGUUUGACAGUUUGAUGAUUUGACGGUUUCAGGGGUGGACGGUUUGAUAGUUUGAUGGUUUGAUGGUUUGACGGUUUGAAGGGUGGAUGGUUUGAUGGUUUGACAGUUUGAUGGUUUCACGGUUUGAUGGUUUGACAGUUUGAUGGUUUGAUGGUUUGACGUUUUGAGGGUUUAGCGGUUUCACAGUUUGACUUUUGACGGUUUGACCUUUCUGACGUUUGGAUUGUUUAACGGUUUGACUCUUUAUGGUUUGAUUGUUUCACAGUUUGACGGUUUAACCCUUGUGAGGUUUUGAUAGUUUGAUGGUUUGACUUUUGAGGUUUUGAUGGUUUGAUUGUUUGACAGUUUGACGGUUUGCCUGUUGGACAGUUUGAGGGGUUGACGGUUUGACGGUUUGAUGGUUUGACGGUUUGAUGGUUUGAUGGUUUGACGGUUUGAGGGGUGGACGGUUUGACGGUUUGACAGUUUGAUGGUUUGAGGGGUGGACAGUUUGAUGGUUUGACAGUUUGAUGGUUUGACGGUUUGAGGGGUGGACGGUUUGACGGUUUGAUGGUUUGACAGUUUGAUGGUUUGACAGUUUGAUGGUUUGAUGGUUUGAGGGGUGGACAGUUUGAUGGUUUGACGGUUUGAUGGUUUGACAGUUUGAUGGUUGGAUGUUUUGAUGGUUUGACGGUUUGAGGGGUGGACGGUUUGACGGUUUGAUGGUUUGACAGUUUGAUGGUUUGACGGUUUGAGGGGUGGAUGGUUUGAUUGUUUGACAGUUUGAUGGUUGGAUGUUUUGAUGGUUUGACGGUUUGAUGGUUUGACAGUUUGAUGGUUGGAUGUUUUGAUGGUUUGACGGUUUGAG